AUGUCGGAUAAUGACCAAGAACUAACGGAGACCAUCCGAAGUGAUGAAUUGCAACUCAUGUCUGGGACCACCACGAUCAAGUCGGACAAGAGUGCAACUUCGGACGGUCAUGACGAAAUCAGAGUGCCUGCCGACAUGGCGAAGCUCUGGUUGAAAGCUUCAAUGCCGAGCAACAAUGGUCCAGUUGUGAUUGGAGACAUCAUCGCUGUGAGACGAAGGGGUGGUCCAAAGACGAAUUACAACUACCUAUUGACAUCAUCGAUAAGAAAGCCUUCAAGUACUGAGGGAGAAAAUCCGGAAGCUACCAAUGACUCACUGGAAUUGGGGACCUGGUAUUGGCCAAAACACGUUACAAAAGAGGCGAAAAAUACCUGGAAUAACCUAGAGAACACAGUUUCUAUGAUAGACCAGAACCUGAACAUCAAAAGUGAUUUGGAAAGAUUCAACGUGUUCUUGGUUCGCAUCGAUUCUGACAUGGUAAAUCCACUCUAUGGGGUUGCUGACCGCGAACGGGAAGUAGUUGGAAGACCUCUAGACGUCAUGAAGAGCAAGAAGUCAGCUGCUAGUGCACUUCCAGAAGGAACAAUGGACAACGCUGUUGCUGAUACAAAGUCGAGGGGGAGACCAGGCAAUGAUUAUGAGCCGCGACAGGAGCCUGAGAUAUUUCCAAUGCUAAUAUUCAAAGAUGUCUUUGAUGGCCUCAAAAGCCGGAGCGUCGAGGAUUUGCUGGCCCUAGAUCAGGCAGAGCGGGAAGGCAUCGUUAAUUCGAUUGUACACAAGGCACCUCACAUGUUACACGGACAGAGUUGGGUGCUACUCCUUGUACUUACUCUUGGGUCGGAGGAAGGUCUCGAGAGGGAGCUCCAUGCAUGCGGAAUUCCGGUCGAGAAUGAGUGGUAUGAACGCUCUCAUCAGAAAAUCCUUUCCAUGCUCAGCACGUCGCUCAAAGACGAAUUUCCGGAACUAGAGGUCUCAGAGAUCCAUGUUACAUGGGAAAGUCUGAAGCGAAUAAUCCAGGCGAACGAUAACGAACAGAAUGCAAUAAUGAUCUAG